CCUCGGACUUGGUGAGCGAUCCCUUCUGGCCACUCCCCCCACAACCCAACCCAGUUGCAUACAGCAUAGCUUAUAACGUCGGCACCCCGCAGGUCAAGUCGCCCCCUUCUCUCUGGGGUUUUAUUCGGUUCGGCAAUUUGACUCUCCCACUCCGAACCCACUCCAAACCCACUCCGAACCCACUGAGCAACAGCCAUGGCGAUCGAAAUAGAUGUUGACACCUUCCAGAGAAGGCUGGGUCUCCUUAUGCAGGACUGGAAGGCAUCCAGGGGCUCACCAGAGUGGGGAGACGCUGACGCUCUCUGCGUCGUAGUCGGAGCAGCCGACGACGAUCUCACCUUCCUCAAAAGCUCCGUGCUCCACUCCUGGCUCCUCGGCUACGAGUUCACGGAAACCAUCCUCCUCAUCACCGCCGACAAGGCCAUCUUCCACACCAGCCCCAAAAAAGCCGCCCUCCUCGACCCCCUCACAAGACGAGGCGCCAUCCCCGUCGAAAUCUUCAAACGCACAAAAGACGAAACCCAGAACCAGGAAGCCGUCAACACCCUCCUCGACCUGCUCGGUAAAUCCUUCUCUGGGAAGAAACUCGGCGGAUUCCCCAAAGACCGUUUCCAGGGCAAGAUGGUCGACGCAUGGACGGCCGCGCUGAAAAACAGCGCCCGCAAAUUCGAAAACGUCGACGUAUCUAACGGCGUCUCCAACAUCCUCGCUGUGAAAGAAGACACUGAAAUCAAACUUCUGCGAACGGCGUCGCGGUUGUCGUCGCUUAUCAUGAAGAAGCAGUUUGUGCUUGAGAUGAUGGAGAUUAUUGAGGAGGGGAAGAAGAUGACGCAUGAGCAGAUGACGAAUGCGUUGGAGAAAGUCAUUGAGAGUGAGGAUGUGCGGAGGAAAUAUUCGCUUCCGACCAAUGAUAUUCAAUGGGAAAAAGAAGUAGACUGGUGUUAUCCGCCCAUCAUCCAAAGCGGAGGAAAGUACGACCUCAGACUUAGUGCCAUGAGCAACAACGAGCCAUUGCAUGAAGGAACCAUCAUUGCGUCGUUUGGCAUCCGGUAUAAGAGCUACUGCUCCAAUAUCGCCAGGACUUACAUGACCAAUGCCAAUAAGACACAAGAGAAGAACUACAAAUUCCUCCUCGAACUGCAACAGCACGUCCUUGCCUCCAUCAAAGCAGGCGUCUCCUGCAGCGAUGUCUACAAAGCAGCCAUGUCCUACAUCGGACAGAAGCGCCCGGAUCUGCAGCAGAAUUUUGUCAAGAACUGUGGUUGGGGUGUUGGCAUCGAACUGAGGGAACCGAGUUAUGUCUUGUCCCCGAAGCACCACUCCCAGUUGAAGGCAGGGAUGACGCUCUGUGUGAUGGUCGGGUUCCAGAACCUUUCGAACCCGGGAGCAAGCGACCCAAGGGGAAAGACAUAUGCUCUGUCGCUUGCUGAUACGGUAAUGGUGACUGGCGAGGCGCCUGUCUUGCUGACGGACGUUAAGAAGGAGAUGGCGGAUGUGUCUUUUGACUUCGAUGAGGAACAAGAAGAGGAGGUCAAAGCGGAGCCAGUCAAAAACGGGGCGGCCGCCCGCGCCGCUCGCGCGUCCGUUGCGCAAGAUUUACCUGAACGGAAGGGGAAACGGUUACAAGGGGAUACGAGAGCAGAGAACGAAUCCCGCCGAAACGAUCACCAGAAGAGCUUACAUGAAAAGUUGCAAACGGAUGGGCUGCGGAAGUACCAGGACGGGGAGGACCUUGAUGGAGGCGAGAAGAAGGAGGUGUUUAAGAAGUUCGCGAGUUACAAGACCGAGGCGCAGUUGCCGAAGCAGGUUACCGACUUGAAGAUCUUCGUCGACCACCGCAACGAAUCCAUCAUCCUUCCCUUCUACGGCCAACCGGUCCCCUUCCACAUCUCCACGCUCAAGAACGUCUCCAAAUCCGAAGAACAAGACUAUAUUUACCUCCGCUUCAACUUCCUCACCCCCGGCGUCGGCAAAAAAGAACUAUCCCAACCCUUCGAAGACCCCAACGCCACUUUCAUCCGCGCCCUCAGUUUCCGAUCAUCCGAUACCGCCCGUUUCAUGGAUAUCUAUAAGGAGAUCAAUGACCUGAAGAAGGAUACGCAGAAGAGGGAUGUGGAACGGAAGGAGAAGGCGGAUCUUGUGGAGCAGGAUAUGCUUGUGGAGGUUAGGGGGCGCAGGCCGGUGAGGUUGCCGGAGGUGUUCACGAGGCCGCAGGUGGAUAGACGGUUUCCCGGGGAUCUGGAGAUUCAUCAGAAUGGGAUUAGAUAUGUGAGCCAGUUGAAGAAUAAUCAGAAGAUUGACGUCCUCUUCUCUAACAUCCGCCACAUCUUCUUCCAACCCUGCGACCACGAGCUCAUCGUCAUCCUCCACUUCCACCUCAAAAAUCCCAUCAUGAUUGGCAAAAAGAAGACACAGGACGUCCAGUUCUACCGCGAGGUCACCGACGCCGGGUUCGACGAGACGGGCAACCGUGGACGGGCGCGACGAGUCAAUUACGGCGAUGAGGAUGAGCUUGCGAUGGAGGCGGAGGAACGAAGACGACGCGCAGGGUUGAAUAAGGAGUUUAAGGGGUUUGCGGAGAAGAUUCAGGAUGCUUGCCAGAUCAAUGUAGAAAUUCCAUUCAGGGAGUUGGGAUUCCAAGGCGUGUUCAGCCGGCAGCUCGUGUUGAUCCAGCCCACCACCGAAUGUCUGGUGCAUCUGACGGAUAUACCCAACUUGGUGCUGACGUUGGAUGAUAUUGAGUUGGUGCAUUUGGAGAGGGUUCAGUUUGGCUUGAAGAAUUUCGACAUGGUCUUUGUCUUCAAAGACUUCAACAAGCCCGUGCGUCAUAUCAACACUAUCCCCGUCAAGCAGCUGGAUAAUAUCAAGGAGUGGUUGGAUGGCGUGGAUAUCCCUUUCACAGAAGGCCCCGCGAACCUCUCCUGGGCGCAGAUCAUGAAAACAGUGAUUGCGGACCCGGCCGGGUUCUUUGAAACGGGCGGAUGGAGUUUCCUGCAGCCUGCUUCCGAUGACGACGACAGCGAAGAAGAAAUCUCGGAAUUCGAGAUGGACGAAUCCGAUUUCGCCGAGUCUGACGACGACGAUGACUCUGAGGGGUACUCUGAAGGCGGCGGCAAUCCCUCGGAUGAGGAUGAGUUUAGUGGGAGUGGGAGUGAGGAUGAGAGUGGGGAGGAUUGGGAUGAGUUGGAGAGGAAGGCUGCUAAGGCGGACGCAAUGAAGGGCUCUGAACCGGCAGCAAGCAACGGGAAACGGCCGCGGUCGCAGGAUGAUAGGGGCGGGGCGCCGAGUAAGAAGCGGAAGUAGGAGAAAAACAUCCACUAUUUCCUUGCAUAGCGAAAAACGGGGGCAAGCGAAAACACCCUCCACCACCACCCAAUAUCGCCCAUCAACCCGUGCACUAUGUAUCCCACAUCUCGCUGCACCAAACCCCAGCGAAAUGGAGCGGUCUGAGGAUGCACGUCAUAUCAAUAGUGUUAGAACUUGGGUAGGAAGAAGAUGUGGUGCAGGAGAAUAGGGAUGGCGAUUUGGCGUAUGUCUGGGAGGAUCUAGCUUUGGGAUGGGGGUUCUUUGUAUGUAGAACAGGGGGUGGGAACACACCGGUUUCGUUGCUCUUUCCGCCAUGCCGUGUGUCGCGUCGCCCUCCGCUCCUCAAACUCCGCCGUUCGCACGCCGCACCCCCCCCCCCCCCCCC